CGAACUGGUUCAGCUCCAAAUCUUCACCAAACACCGAACCCUCCUGUUCGUGUCCUUCUUCGAGGUCGGAAUCCGAUUCCCCCAGUGACCGAAUGGCGUUUAAAGAAAAUAAUCCAGCGCUGAUAUCUGAUAACACUAAAAGGGAACGCCCAGCAAUUCCAGCUAAAACAGCAUCGGAGCUGCGCGGACUGGGGUCAAGAGCUGAGAAGGAACAUCAACAAACCUACUGGUUUGUUUGUUGUUCUGCGCGCUGUUCAGACUGCUUUUCUCUGGAAAGUUUCAGAAACCUUAUCUUACCGAUGGCAACUUCAGGCUUUCAAAGACUUUCCAAGCUGGACCCUCCUGUCAUCGGUAAAGUGAAUCAUCACAGCAUUGAACUGUACUGGGAUGAGGCAGGAAAAGAGCCGAAAACUGGCCCUCCUGAGCAGUGGCUUCGGUUCUCCCUGGAGGAAGAGGAUCCCAAGACCCACACAUACGGCAACAUUUACAUUGGCUAUGGUACAAAGCACACUGUUGAGGGGCUUGAGCCCAGUACUUCUUACAAGUUCAGACUUAAAGUAACCAGUCCAACGGGUGAAUACACAUACAGUCCAGUGGUGUCUGUUUCAACCACAAGAGAACCACUGAGUGGUAAGCAAUUGCAUCAUGCAGUGAACAUGGAUGAUGAAGUGGAAGUGACCAAAGUCCUGCAGUCAGGAACUGUGAUGGUGGAUGUUCCUGAUAAACUAGGAUUUACUCCUCUCAUGGUGGCUGCCCAAAAAGGCUUUUUCAGGCUAGUUCAGAUUUUGGUGGAACAUGGAGCAGAUGUCAACUUGCAGAAUGCAAGUGGAAAGAACAGUCUGAUGCUGGCUUGUUUUGCUGGACACCUGGAUGUUAUUAAGUAUCUAAGAAAAUGCGGAGCUACUUGGGAAACCCAUGACUUAGGGGGAUGUACAGCAAUGCACUGGGCUGCCGAUGGAGGCCAGAUGCCAGUUAUCAGUUACAUGAUAAAUGAUGGCUGUAAGGUUGAUGUUAAAGACAGUGGUUCUCUGUGGACACCACUGAUGAGGGUCUCAGCAGUCACAGGGGAUGCAGACGUUGCUUCUCUUUUAAUUAGCGCUGGAGCUGAUGUUAAUGUGAAGGAUAAGGAUGGGAAGACUCCGUUAAUGGUUGCUGCCUUAAACAACCACGAGGAUCUUGUCCAGUUACUGCUAGAGAAAGGAGCAGAUUGCCAAAUUAAGAAUGAGUUUGGAGCAGGUGUGAUAGAAAUGGCAAAAGCUUUUGGAAGACAGAACAUUGUGAACUUGUUAGAAGGAAAGAAGAUCCAUUAGAAGAAGGCAAAAUGUAUUGUUAAAGACUGGCAAAUUCUUUGUAUGAGGAUAUUUACUGAGAUUUGUCUCUACUCAAAUGAACUUACUAUAGCUGCAGUUAAAAAUGUGAAAUUGAUGUCAUUUUAUUAAAUUUUACUAAAAUACAUUCUUCUUUAACUUCUAUUACACUACCCCCAGAUAGACUUUCUUUAAUGAAAGACUUAAAUGUGAAUCUGCUGUGAAUUCAGAAUCUAGGGAAAGGGUUAAAGAUGAGGUGUAAAAGCAAUUUCUUGAACUUCUAGUUUUCCAAAUGUAUUUUGCUACCUUACUACUACGGUUACUGCUUUUAUUCAUUUUGAUUGUCAGAGGGUGGGAGAAAGGGAGUGUUACACUUUAAUGUAUUUUAACUGUGGUUGUCAUUUUAUUUAAUCUUUGUAUACAAAAACACAGUCCUAUGUAUAUCAAUCCUAACUGUGUCAGUUUUCAUGUUGUCAGAUGAGUGAAAACUAUAUUGCAGUUUUCAUACUAAUGUGGUAGACAUUUGGUCCCUGGGGAUUUUUAGCCUUUUGUGCUGUUUCCUUUUUUAUUUGUACACUAAAUGUACUGUUUAUCUGGUGAAACCAUUUCAUAUUCCUCAGAUCUAUAUCAGUGUAAACAAAACAAUAAAAUGAUAAAUACUACA